AUGGCAUUUCAUCAAAGUCCUCUAGAACUAUCAACUCUAUCAAUAUCUGAUUCGAAUGCCAACGAAGUCCCUGUUCUCAUCAAGACGGUUCCUUUAUCAAAAAGGGCUCCUGCGUCCAGGCGCAUGCGCAGCACCUUCACAAACACCGAGUUCAAUGUGCCUCCAAUUGGAGCAGGUAGUGGAGCACCUCCUCCGAGUCGAAAACGAGAGCAAGCAGAAGCUUUGGAAAAUUUGAGGAAAAAAAUAUCUCCUGCACUGUUGAGAAAAGAUUACGGAGGCACACUCGAUAACGCACUAGAUAAUGCAAAAGAAAAAGAUGAUGAGGAUGAAAGGCCAUUGACAAGAGAAGAAGCUAGAAAACAAGCACAAUUAGAUAAUAGACCACAACUUUUACAAAAGAUCCUGCAUACGAGAUCCUUAUGUCUAGUAUCAGAAGGUGAAGAAGGGUGCACUGCCUGGCAGGACAGUGAUUUUAUUUCUGAUGCCUUAUGCUGGCACAAUGUCUACAGACAGAGACAUGGGGCUCCUGCACUAACUAUGAGCCCGGAGUUGUGCAGUUUUGCCCAAACUUGGGCGAAUCACUUGGCCCAUACAAAUAAAUUUUACUAUCGAAGUGACAGAGAAGUUGGACAAAAUUUGUUCUGCAGACCAGCAAAUGUUAUUCAGACUGAAGUGACAGGUCAAGAAGUAUCGACUUACUGGUAUGGGGCGGUGAAGCAAUAUGAUUUCUUUAAGGAACCAGAUGUUUUACACGCCAACGUUAAUGCCGGUCACUUUACCCAAAUGGUUUGGGCAAGUACACGACAUUUCGGAAUUGGAAAAGCCAGAAGUAGAUCAGGUAAAAUUCUGAUAGUAGCCCACUACGCUCCGCCCGGAAACAUCUCCGGCUACUUCUCCGACAAUGUCCGUCCUCCGGGCUUCGAAGGUUCCGAAGGGCCUCCUUCGCCAUCGUUGCUCGCUUCCUUCAACCUGCUCCAGCAGCAACAGCAGCAGCAGCAGCAGCAGGAACAGGAGCAGGCUCAGGAGGAGAUGUCGAUCGCCACAAGCUCCACUGGGAGCAGGAGUUCCUUCGGCGACACUUUGUGA